UGUUAUUUUUCUUUACAUCGAAGUGAAGCAUUUCGAGCAACAUUAUUGAAUGUCAUUUACACUUGGAAACGGUGUGACUUGGUACGAUUUCUUUAAUCUAGGUUAGGUGUGUACCCAAUCUUUAUGCGUGUGUUUCGGUCCGAGAUAUCACACCACCUUCGGGGUUUUGCGGUCCGAGAUAUCCCAUAGGGGAAGGUGAUGAUCCCUUCGUUAUGGCGGUUUGCUUACAUUUUGCGUUCUUGAAUCCUCCUCGAUUUCGAAUAUGUUUACUUUUCAGUUUGAUUCGAUUCGAUUGCUUUCGUCGCAUCCUGUAGGAGCCGUCUCGACCGACACUUGAUACAAGCGCUUUCUGGUCACUUCCUGUGCUCAAUAGCGUUGCACCAAAACCCCGAUGGAGCUUAAAAGCCAACAAGAAAACCCGACAUCGUACGGAAAGAAAGCGCCGCUGUCCAUCUCGCCUCCAAGUGCAGCUGAGAGUUUAUUUCUGGGUCCGGCCACCCCUGAUGCGUUUGAAGUUAACGACGGGAGUUUUAUGCGAAAAUUCCUGAACACCGAUAACGCAGGCCAACAGUUACCACCCGAGCACACCCACUUUUUUGGCAAAAAAACGAUUAAGAAAUCGGGAAGCUUCCAUUCGGCACUCACGCGAGUAUCAAACGUCAGCAAUGAUGAUUUUGUGUCAUGCGUAGAAAACAGCAGUGAUAUCGACAGUAUCGAUUCAACUGAAAACAAUUAUGUCUCACCCACUGCUGUUCGUUCAUCUCGCUUUUCAAUGGAAACGAUAGAAGACACAAUCAGUAGCAACGACAACGAUAUUGACAUGAUGGCCAAAAAAACUAAAACAGCGAUCAAGAAAGAAAUCACUACCCCCGUAGUGACCGAGGUCAAAAAAACACCCCUUCCGGAUGUCGCUCCCGCUGCUGUCGAAGAACCGGUUGCCGACGCGUCUAUGAAGGUUGAUGCCGCCGAAGUAGUUUAUGGCAAGGCCAAGGAAAUUUUGCUCUGGGGAAAAUCAGUUCCCGUGGUGUCCUUCUUUGUCGGAACUUCGGAAGCUGUUGCCGGAAAGGCGUUGGGGGUUGUUGGUACCGAUCUGUCGCAAGUUGACGGAAAGAUCGAAAGUGAAUUGACGAAAUUCGAUGCCGGCAUCUUGAAUCCCGCCAUCGAAGCCAUUGCAAAGGUCUUGCUGGGAGUUGCUGGAAAGUCGGAAGACGCUCUGAAACCUAUUAUCGAGCUCCUUCUGAAACCCUUUGGGAAAUUGAUCAAGUCGGAAGCAGCUGAAGAGACCCCCGAAGCGCACACCGAAAAUCCCGAGAUCACAAAAUAAAGUGAAGGACCCAAUAGUAAUUUUCCUCCUUGAUUUUUGAAUCAAAUAGCGUGUAACUCAUAGCCAGUGUGCAGUAAAUUUUCGGAAGAGAAUAAAUCCAUGAAGUCGUCGAAAUUAAAAUUAAACUUUUAAA